AUGAAUAUCGCACAUCCACUUGGUGUUGAUAUUAAAUCCGCCACCUUCGCUUGUUAUACUUCAGAAGAAAUCAAGAAAUUAUCAGCAAAAGAAAUAAAUAAUUCAAUAAUUUUUGAUACACUUGGAUUACCGACGAGUGGAGGGUUAUAUGAUCCAGCCUUAGGACCGUUUACUCAGAGUACUAUAUGCGAAUCGUGUGGUCUUGACCAAUAUAAUUGUCCAGGUCAUUUUGGUCACAUUCAGUUACCUUGUCCUGUAUACAAUCCAGUAUUCUUUAAUCAUAUAUUAGUUUUAUUAAAAGCAACCUGUAUUAAUUGUGAUCAUUUUAAAUUAACGAGAACGCAGAAAUUUCGGUUUGCAGCUAAAUUCAAAUUAUUGAGACAUGGACUAAUUUUGGAAUCUAAACAACUUGAUGGAAUAGUUACUAAGAAUUUGUUAUCAGACGAAGAAGAUCAAAAUGAUGAAAAUGAUGAUAAUAAAAAGAAUGAAAAGAAUAAGAGUAAGAAUAUUUUCGAUGAGAAUGAUAAUGAAAAUGAGGUUAUUGAUAAGGAUGAAGAUAUUCAUAUUAUUGAAAAAUACGUAAAUAAAUGUUUAAAAAAUGAAGAUAAUAAAAUAAAAUAUAAAAUUACGGCUAUAAAUGUGGAACGAAAAAAUUUAAUGUCAGAAUUUUUAAACAAAUGUUCAUCAAUAAGAAAAUGUGGAAAUUGCUUGGCUAAUUGCGAAUUACGCAAUCAUUUUCGAGUAAUAUUUGAGAAUGAAUCAGAAAUAUGUAAUGUACUUUAUGGAUCACAAGGAAUUUUAAACAAUGAUAUUGCGGUACCUCCUACUCGUUUUCGACCUGCAUCUUUACUUAAUGAUUUAGUAAUGGAAAAUCCACAAAAUGAACAUUUAACCAAAAUUUUAAAAGUAAGACAACAAUUUUGUAGUAUUGCAGGAAAUUUAGAUCAAGAUAAUAAAAAAACAAUAGAAGAAAAUUAUUCUCAGGAACAAAAAAAGAAAUCACGAGAAAAUUUAGUUGAAAGUUUAAUGAAAUGUUGGAUUGAUUUACAAGAUGCUGUUAAUGGUUUAAUUGAUAAUUCAAAAGCUCCGGUAGCUUUCGGAAAAGUGGCUACUCCGGGGAUAAAACAAAUUUUAGAAAAAAAAGAAGGAUUAUUUCGAAAGCAUUUAAUGAUUCCAGAAAAAUUUGCCAAAAAAUUAACAUAUCCCGAACCGGUAACACCGUAUAAUGUUAAUGAAUUAAGUCAAGCUGUAUCAAAUGGACCAAAUAUUUGGCCCGGAGCAACGUUUAUUCAAAAUGAAGAUGGAUCAAUGAUUAAUUUGGCUAGUUUAUCAUUAGAAUCACGUAUAUCAUACGGACAACAAUUAAUGCGAGAACAACAACAGAAUACCAUGGAUCUUACUCAAUAUUUUGUAAAGACACCAUACAUUAAUAAAAAAAUAUUUCGACAUUUGAGAAAUGGGGAUUUUGUAUUAUUAAAUCGACAACCUACUUUACAUAAACCUUCAAUCAUGGCACAUCGAGUUAGAGUAUUAAAGGGGGAAAUGACAAUUCGAAUGCAUUAUGCUAAUUGUAAUACGUAUAACGCGGAUUUUGAUGGAGACGAAAUGAAUUUACAUUUUCCUCAAAAUGAAAUUGCCAGAUCAGAAUCAAUGUUAAUAGGAAAUACCAAUAAUCAAUAUUUAGGACCAACUUCCGGAUCACCUUUAAGAGGAUUGAUUCAAGAUCACGUUGUCACGGGAGUUUGGAUGACCAUUAAAGAUACAUUCUUUAAUAAAGCGGAUUAUCAGCAGAUGAUAUUUUUCGGAUUAAGACCUGAUCCGGAUGAUUCAAGAAAAAUUAUUACUAUAACACCGGCUAUAAUAAAACCGAAACCUUUAUGGACCGGAAAGCAAGUAAUUUCCACAAUUUUAAAGAAUUUAACAAUUGGUUAUGCACCACUUAAUUUAACAUCCAAAAACAAAGUAUCAAACAAAUAUUGGGGAUGGAGUGCGAUGGAAGAAGAUACAGUAAUAUUUUUAAAUGGAGAAUUACUUACCGGAGUAUUAGAUAAAUCACAAAUUGGAGCAACUUCAUAUGGAUUGAUUCAUUCAUGUUACGAAUUAUAUUCAGCCGAUAUCGCAGGACAAUUGCUUAGUAUAUUAGGUAGAUUAUUUACUUGUUAUAUUCAACAAAAAGGAUUUUCUUGUCGAAUGGAUGAUUUAAGAUUAAAUCCUGAAGGGGAUAAAGGGAGAAAAGAACUUUUAAAUGAUAAUCAUGAAUUGGGAAAAGAAGCUUCAUGGGAAUUUGUGGGAAUUGAUUCACAAAUUGCGAAAAAUUAUAAUAAUAUGAUGGAAGAGGUUAUUAGAGAUUCUGAAAAACAUGAAGCUUUAGAUGCUACUAUGAAAUCAAAAGUCAAUAAAUUAACUUCAAAUGUAAUUACGAAAUGUAUACCUGAUGGGUUGUUAAAAGUUUUCCCUCAGAAUAACAUGCAAACUAUGACUAUAACUGGUGCCAAAGGAUCCAAUGUAAACGUAUCACAAAUUUCCUGUUGUUUAGGACAACAAGAACUUGAAGGUCGUCGAGUACCUGUAAUGGUUAGUGGGAAAACCCUUCCAUCCUUUUUACCUUACGAUUUAUCAGCUCGAGCUGGCGGAUUUAUUGGUGGUCGUUUCUUAACUGGACGAGAAGGUCUAAUUGAUACAGCAGUAAAAACCAGUCGAUCCGGAUACCUUCAACGUUGUUUAAUUAAACAUUUAGAAAGUUUACGAGUUCAUUAUGAUUAUACCGUGAGAGAUGGAGAUGGAUCAAUAAUUCAAUUUCGUUAUGGAGAAGAUUCGUUAGAUGUCAUUAAACAGAAACAUCUUUAUAAAUUUGAAUUCUUGGCACAAAAUUUUCAAGCGUUAUUACAAAAAUAUGAUAUCGUUGAAGCUCAACAAAUUCUUAAUACCACUCAAGCUUCAAUACAUGCUAAGAAAGCUGCUAAAAAACCAAAUCAAUAUGACCCGGUACUUUCGAUAUUUUCUCCGAGUAGAUAUUUAGGUUGUGUUUCGGAAAAUUUUCAUAAUUCUCUAGAAGAGUUCACCAAAGAAGAAAAUCCCUCUAAAAUAUUUAAAAAAAUAUUUCAAAAUGGAUUAAUAACCAAACCAGGAUUUCGUAAAUUAAUGCACCUUAAAUAUUUGAGUAGUUUAGUUGAACCAGGAGAAGCAGUUGGAUUAUUAGCAGCUCAAGGUAUCGGAGAACCUUCAACUCAAAUGACAUUAAACACAUUUCAUUUUGCCGGAUUUGGAGCUAAAAAUGUUACAUUGGGUAUACCAAGAUUACGUGAAAUAAUUAUGACCGCUUCACGUAAUAUUAAAACACCGAUGAUGACAUUACCAUUGUUAAAUAAUAUCACAGAUAAAGAAUCAAAUGAAUUUUGUCAAAAAACCAGUAAAUUAACGUUGGCUGAAAUCAUUGAUCAAAUGGAAGUCACGGAAAUUAUUUCAAAUAAACGAGAUUAUAAUAAUGUUGAUGAUAGUGGUUAUAAUGGUGAUAAUGGAGGUAGAAAUAAAAUAUAUAAAAUUCACAUGAUAUUUUAUACCCAAGAAGAAUAUAAAAAAGAAUUUAAUAUUAAACCAUGGCAAAUCGAAAGAACAAUUAAAAUUCAAUUCUUAUUUUAUCUGGAAAAUGAAAUCACUAAACAAUUUAAAGGAUCUUCAAAAAAUAUUAAAAAAUUAGAAAUGGAAGAUAUCGGUCAUAAUAAUGGUAGACCAAUUAAGAGAUCCAGAAAUGAAGAAAUAUUGGAUGAUAAUGUCCCAAUUAAUGAUGUUGGAUACGAAUCAGAUAAUGGAGAUGGAGAUGCAACAUAUGAAAAAAUAAAUUCACGUACACGUCAAUUUGCAACGAAGCAAUCAACACAAACGCAAACAAUUUAUGUUACUAAUUGUCAAUUUGAUGAAGAUGAUGAUCAGUGUGAUAUUGAAUUAAAGGUGACUGGUACCAAAAAAUUAUUAUUAUUAGCUAUUGCAGAAUCUGCAAGUAAAAGAUCAGUCAUUCGUGAAAUCAAAGGAAUUAAUAAAUGUUAUCCUAUUUCAAAUGAUGAUAAUAACAAGGAUGAUAAUAAAAAAAUUCUUGCUACCGAAGGAGUAAAUUUUCAUAGUAUAUGGAGACAUGACAAUAUAAUUGAUGUUAAUAAAAUAUAUUCUAAUGAUAUUGUGGCUAUUUUAGAAACUUAUGGAGUUGAAGCUGCUAGAAAUGCUAUUAUUAAAGAAAUUUCGGAUGUAUUUUCUGCUUAUGGAAUUGAAGUUGAUCCAAGACAUUUGUUAUUAGUGGCUGAUUAUAUGAUGAGUUUUGAAACCACUUGUUAUUUUUUAACUCAAGCCACAUUAUUUGGUGAUGUUGAUGUUUUAAAUUCUCCUUCCGCUAGAUUAGUAUUGGGUAAAGUGGUUCAAGGUGGAACGGGAUCUUUUGAAAUAAGGCAACCCUUAAAAUUUAUAAUAAUGUCUUCUUCGCAUCGUCAUGAAUCUCCUCCUUCACGUCUUAAGAGACGUCACAAAAGUUAUUAUAAUUCAAAGAAACUUAAAAAAAAACAUCAUAAACAUCGUCACAAUCAUCAUUCUGAAAAUGUAUCAGCUUCAGAAGAGGAAAGAAAGCAACCACCUACUUUUAUCACAGAAGACGAUUAUUUUUUAAAAUCAGUAGAAUUUCGCUUAUGGAUUCGAGAAAAAAAGAAAAAAUACUUUGAUGAGUUAUCUUCGGAACAAGCACAUCGAUACUUUAAGAAAUUUGUUAACGCUUGGAAUAAAUAUAAAUUAGAUAAAAAGUAUUAUGAAGGAUUACGAUCAUCACAAUUAACAAGUUCAGAAACAACUCGAUAUAAAUGGAAAAAUCUAAAGAUGGAAAAUCGAGAUCAAGAUCAAUUGGAAGAAGUUAAAAAUAUUGUGGAUCGACAGACUAAUGUUAAAUUCGCUUCCGAAUUUCUGACAAGUAAUAAAGGAAGUAAUUUUAAUAGUAGAGGUGGAAGACCAACUUUACCUGAAUCAUUUAUCCGAGGAGGAAUCGGAGGAGGAGAUGAAGAAGAUAUGGAUGAAGAGGAUAAAAGACGAUAUGAAAGAUCAUUAAAAAAGAAAGAAAGGAUAAGCUUUCAAAAAACACAGGAAGUUGUUAUGGAUGAAUUGGUUCCGAAAGCUACAGAAGCUAUGAUAGAGAAAAAGAGAGCUAGAAACGAAUACUAUCGAAGAGAAGAAAGUCCUGAUAUGGUAUUGAAUGAUAGUGAUUUAUUGGGUGACGAUAAUUAUAGAUCUAGAAUCGCCGCCCGAGAUCGGGCUCGUGAAUCCCGUGACCAAAAAAGGGAAAUUUAUAAAUCAGAAAAGGCCAAAAAUUUACAAGAAAAAUCAAUUGCCUAUAAAACGAAAGAACAAGAAACGAUGGAAAUGUUUAAACAGAUGGCAGAAGAACAACGAAAAAUGGGUGGUGGAUUAUUUAAUCAACAACAACAACAGAAAUCAUCAUAUGCUAGAAAAGAUUCUUAUUAA